UGAAAUAAAUGUUCUGUGAACCUGUGGAUGGUGUACAGUGUGGAUUGUCAGUGGCCAAAGCUUGGAUGGUUGUGGAGAUUGAAUAGGGGAUUGAAUUGUGUUCUGCGUGGAAGUUCAGUUCGAUCGAGGGUGGAUUGUAACCAACAUUGUGCACGCAGGGUAUUGUGCUGGAGAAAGAGAUGGUGGUCGCAUCGGAUUCUGCCGCGACUCGGCAGGUCAAACAUGUCUUGUUUGACAUGGACGGCCUGCUUUUGGAUACCGAAAAGUUCUACACAAUCGUCCAGGAGAAGAUAUUGGCUGAGUACGGGAAGGCGUUUGACUGGUCUCUGAAAGCAAAAAUGAUGGGAAAGAAAGCACUGGAGGCUGGGCAGAUUUUUAUCCAGGACUCUGGUUUGACGGGAAUCCUCACGGCCGAGGAAUUUAUUAAACGGCGGGAAACUAUGCUCCAUGCCAUGUUCCCCGAGAGCGACCUAAUGCCUGGUGCCGAGCGACUCAUCCGGCAUUUACACGCCAACAACAUUCCAAUGGCAAUUGCAACCAGCUCACACCGCCGCCACUUUGAGUUGAAGUCAACAAAACACGGUUCACUCCUUUCCCUCAUGCACCAUGUUGUUACUGGUGACGAUCCUGCUGUUAUUCAUGGGAAGCCAGCACCAGACAUAUUCCUAGUUGCUGCGAACCGAUUUGAGGAUCCCGAUUUGAAGGUGGGAAACGUACUCGUCUUUGAGGAUGCUCCAUCAGGAGUAGCUGCGGCUCAUGCAGCUGGAAUGCCCGUUGUCAUGGUCCCUGACCCUAAUUUAGACAAAGCCCUGUGUCAGGAGGCAGACCAGGUGUUGGGAUCCCUUGAUGAGUUUGAUUAUGCUCAAUGGGGUCUCCCAUCCAUUCCAAGCGAGCAAUGACCAUGUAGGGUUACAUGUCUGGACGAUUCUUUGGAAUUUUACAUAAGCAGUUGGCAGUUGUCUCGCGAUUUUUUCAACAUGGUUGAUAACCUACAGCACAAAUUAUAUGCGGUAGCGAAUUUACAGGAAAUGAUGUGUCUUUUUUUUGUUGAACUUUAUAUUUCUGAAUCUACCCCUUGUUCUAACAUUAUA